CGGCCCGGAAGCGCCUCGUCCAGGGCGGCGGAGGCGGCGGUCGCCGUGAUGCCUGCAGCACUGGGCGGCUGACAGCGGAGUAGGAGUCGGCCCCGGGACCAGAGUCUCGGCGGCCGCUGCUUGAGAGCGGCCUGCGCCAUGGCCAACUCCGCCGCCUCCUCUGAGCAUUUCGAGAAACUGCAUGAGAUCUUCCGCGGCCUCCAUGAAGACCUCCGAGGGGUGCCGGAGCGGCUCCUGGGGAUGGCAGGGACAGAAGAGAAGAAGAAGUUGAUCAGAGAUUUUGAUGAAAAGCAACAGGAAGCAAAUGAAACGCUGGCAGAGAUGGAAGAAGAACUACGUUAUGCACCCCUAUCUUUUCGUAACCCUAUGAUGUCUAAGCUUCGAACCUACCGAAAGGACCUUGCCAAACUCCAUCGGGAAGUGAGAAGCACACCUUUGACAGCCACACCUGGAGGCCGUGGAGACAUGAAAUAUGGUACAUACGCUGUAGAGAAUGAGCACAUGAAUCGGCUACAAUCUCAAAGGGCAUUGCUUCUGCAAGGCACUGAAAGUCUGAACCGGGCCACCCAGAGUAUUGAGCGUUCUCAUCGGCUUGCCACAGAGACUGACCAGAUUGGCUCAGAUAUCAUAGAAGAGCUGGGGGAGCAACGUGACCAGUUGGAACGUACCAAGAGUAGACUGGUAAACACAAGUGAAAACUUGAGCAAAAGUCGAAAGAUUCUCCGUUCAAUGUCCAGAAAAGUGACAACCAACAAGCUGCUACUUUCCAUCAUUAUCUUACUGGAGCUAGCCAUCCUGGGAGGUCUGGUCUACUACAAAUUCUUUCGCAGGCAUUGAACCUCCUACAGAGAGAGGUUUGUGGACCAGAACUUUGACUCUCUUACGGCGUGGCAUACUACCAGGUGGAAAUCAUUGACCCAGAAAUGAAGACUCAGCACUGGGAAAUGUUCUUAACUAGCAUUUGAUUAGUAUUUAUCUGCCGUCUUUCCAUACCACCAAGAUUUGCUUAAUAAAAAACUCCUUUCAGAUGAAGCAAUAGUGAGACUGGGAAGAAGAGGACAGUUGGAACAAUGAACACUUCUCAUCUCAAGAAGUAAGCAUUAAAAAUGAAGCUAAAGAGAAAUUCAUGAGAGAGAGUUUCUCUCCUAACCCCAGAAGAAAAAUACAGCCUAUGUUUCAUAGUCUCCCUUUCUGAAUUAUUUUUAUAUGUACAUAUUUUGCUUUUAUUUUAAAAGAAAAGCCAUUAUCCUCAAGAGACAGGCUCAGGUGUACAGCCCAUUGGGAGUCUACCCUAUUCCUUUUGGGACCUAGAAGUUGACAUCCGUUAUAGUUACUUACUUGCCAAUCAGCAGAUCGAACGUCUGUUCCAUGACCUUCUGGAUACCAAGUCGAUCUAUGUCUCUCAUGGAAAAAUACUGAAUAUCAUAAUUCUUUAAAAUAAAACUGGUGAGAUACAAAGGGAAGAA